AUGAUGAUGAAUUGUGCUGCAACUGGUAUUAUUACAAAUUCAAACACCGUUUCUAAUAAUAACAGACGUAAUAAUACUAGUGAUUGUAAUAUCGUGAUAGUCUUGCAGUGCACCAUCUGGCUAAUUAUGUUCUUGGGGAUUGCAAUCCAGGCUGAGAGCGCGGGCUGUUAUCGGUUGGGGAAAGUGAAUGUAAGUAUCUCUAACAGAUUAAGAGAUAAGAAGAUCAUGAGAAUACAAUGUCAAUCCGCAGAUGACGAUCUUGGAGUUCAAUUAGUUAGAAGUGGUGAAACUAUCGAGUGGAGGUUCGGUAACAACAUAUUUUUCAGCACUCUAUUCUAUUGCGACGUGGAAUGGCAACCAUUAUCAGCUGCAGAAGAUGGCAAUGACUGCAAAACUGGAGGGUACCAUUUUGAUGCAUAUGAUUUCGAUAGAGACUCUUGUAGGUGCAAGCGUCACUGCCGCUGGUUAAUUACAGACGAAGGCCCAACUAGGCAAAACGAUGAUGGUUCUUGGCAAGAUUUUUCUUUUCAACCACAAUGUCACAGUUCUUAG